AUGACACCCUUCCCAUCUCUAACGACCUACCUCUCAACACUACGCACCCCGCACCUAAUCCUCUCACCAACGCACGAAAUCCUAUACGCAAAUCAAGCUCUCAAAUCCCUCGGAACGUUCCAAGACAGUUUUUUCGAUGGGUUUGUCGAUCGUGAGGGGGUUCGAGAGUGGUUUUGGAGUGGGAUGGGGAGACGGGGGUUGUGGGUUUGGGGGGUUGGGGAGGUGGUUUUUGAGGGGGUUGAUGUGGAGGGUGUUGUUGUUGUGCGGGGGUGGGUCAAGGAUGAGAACAAGAUAUGUGAUGAACGGAAGGGAAGGGAUGGACAGGAUGUGAUGGGGGUUGUUGACAAUAUCGAGGCUAUGCGGCUUGAAGAGCAAGUUGACAAUCAAGAAAGUAACCUUCCAUUACGAAACCAUCAACAAGAACCAAUCGUCGAAACUUCUCCCCACCGCAUCCAAAGCACCGUAACUCAAACACACCACCCAACAAGCCCCCCACCAACCCCAGAAGCCCACAAAUCCCAACCCAUCUUCCCAACCCUCCGCCUCCUAAACCCCUCGCAAAGCAAAACAUCUCACCUCCUGUACACAAAAGACUGGAGUAAAACACCAUUAGGCCCCAUGUCGAGCUGGCCAAAUUCGUUUUUGACAGUGUUGAGUGUCGUCCUUUCGAGUUCGUUUCCAAUGUCGAUUUGGUGGGGGAAAGAGAUGACCUUGAUCUAUAAUGACGGAUACGUACCCAUCACUGGAAAUAAACACCCACACGGUUUUGGAAUCUCUGGUCGAGAAUUCUGGGCAGAACUCUGGGACGAUAUCGUACAACCCAUUGUGGGUAAAGUAUGGAAUGGGGAAACGCAUUUUGUGACGGAACAGAGGUUGUUUGUUGAGAGGUUUGGGUUUAAAGAGGAGGGGUAUUUUACGUGGUCUUUUAUACCGAUUCGACAAGAAAAUGGGUCUAUUGGGGGUUGGUUAAACCCCGCCUUUGAAACAACAGAUCGCUGCCUGGCCAGCCGCCGUCUCCGAACCCUCCGCGAACUCUCAACCCACCUGGCCAGCACCCGAACCACAACAACCGUCUACGAAACCGCCGCAACAAUCAUAUCCUCCAACCCCUACGACCUCCCCUUUGCCCUAUUUUACCAAUCCAGUAACAAUGGGUUCGAACUCGCUAGUACGGCGGGUAUACCCCUCCCCCAUAUCGCUGCCCCAAAGAUAAUACAACCGGGUAUAGACUGUCCAUGGCCUUUUGAAGAAGCUUUACAAAAGUCUGAGAUGAUGGUGAUUGAGAUUGGGGAGAUUAGGGAAACGUUGCCUAGACGGGGGUGGGGGGAUAUACCCAAAACGGCUGUUGUUGCCCCUGUGUGGAGUGGUGGACGGUGUGAAGGGGUGGUCGUGUUGGGUGUGAGUGCGCGGAGUCGGUUUUGUGGAGAGUAUAGGACGUUUGUAGAGUUGCUUGUACGCCACCUUGGUGCGUCGUUGACGAGUGCGCGAUCUCAUGAAGAGCAAGUUACCCGUGCCAAAAAACUAGCAGAACUCGAUCACGCCAAAACAACUUUUUUUCAGUCCAUCUCCCACGAGCUCCGAACACCACUGACCCUAAUCCUAGGAACAAGCGCCCAAGCCCUUUCAAACCCCUUACCAGACCCCCUAAAAUCCCACCUAGUAGCAAUCACCAAAAACGGAACCCGGUUAUUAAAAAUGGUGAAUUCCCUAUUGGAUGUAUCCAAAGUUGAAGCGGGUGGUAUGCAAGGUGUGUUUCGUGAAACGGAUUUAGGAUGCCUUACGAGAGAUUUGGCGAGUGUGUUUCGGGCUGCUGUUGAGAAGGCUGGGUUGGAGUUUUGUGUAGAGUGUGAUGAGGUUGGGGGUGUGUGGGUCGAUGCAGAGUUGUGGGAGAAGAUUGUGUUUAAUCUUGUGAGCAAUGCAUACAAGUAUACCCUUCAAGGCAAGAUCCACAUUACACUCACCCGAACCGACACCCAAAUCUACUUUUCCGUAACCGACACAGGUCUAGGAAUCCCCGCGGACCACCUCCCCAAACUCUUUGACAGAUUCCACACAAUCCAAAACCACAAGGGACGUGGCGGAGAAGGAACUGGAAUCGGGUUAGCACUCGCCAAUGAACUCGUUAAACUCCAUGGAGGGAGUAUUAGGGUUUCGAGUGUCCUUGGGGAGGGGAGUACGUUCCAAGUCGUGAUUCCAGUCGGGAGGGAGCAUUUACCAAGUCAAAUCGAAUCUGAGAAACGACAAGACGGGCCUAGUAGUUUUGCGAGGACUUUUGUACAAGAUUUAGAAACGUGGAAUGAUGAAGAGUCUUCUCCGCCCUCUUUACCCGACAACACAACCACAACCACAACAAAUCGACCCAGAAUCCUCUUGGUAGACGAUAACGCAGAUAUAAGGUCCUACAUCACCUCACUCCUAAUACACCAAAACUGGCGCGUAACCCACGCAAAAGACGGAACCCAAGCCCUCCAACUCGCAUUAUCCGAUCCACCCGAUUUGGUUCUAUCGGAUGUGAUGAUGCCUGGGUUGGAUGGAUUUGAGUUGAUAAAGGCUCUAAAGAGUCGGAAUGAGACGAGAUGUUUGCCGGUUAUUUUGGUGAGUGCUCGAGCGGGUGCUGAGGCACUUUAUGAGGGGUUGAAUGCAGGUGCCGACGACUACCUCGUCAAACCCUUUAGCGCCAAAGAACUCGUCGCAAGAAUCACAACCCACCUCGAACUAGGCCACCUCCGUAAAUCCCUGCAAAACCGUAUCGACAUCCAAACCAAAUCAUUAGCAGAAAGUCAAGCCCGGUACAAAACCCUCGCCAAUCUUGCUCCAGUGGGUAUAUUCCGUACCACCGUGGACGGAACCGUUACAUACACCAACGACAAAUGGUGGGAAAUCACUGGACAUGAUAAAACGCUCGAUCCCGACUGUCGACACCAUUUAAUGUCCAUUCAUCCCGAUGAUAAGGACCAAGUCAUUGCCAGUUGGAAUAAAAGUCUUGCAAAGGGGACACCCUUUAAAAUGGAAUUCCGCUGGGCAAAAAACUAUCCAGACGGUACAGAACGCUGGUGCCUCGCUCAAUGGACCAUUGAAAAAAAUGGUACAGACGUCCUAGGCGCCGUAGGCAGUAUAACCGAUCUAAGCAUUACGAAAAAACUCGAACGAGAGAAAUAUCAAGUCAUGCAACUUGUUGAACGACAAUUACGCAAACGAGCAGAAGAUGCUGAACAUGUCAAGAAACAGCAGGAAAGGUUUAUUGAUAUGGCCUGUCAUGAGUGGCGGAAUCCUUUGAAUGGGAUUUAUAAUAGUGCGGAUUUGAUUCAAGCGAGUUUGGAGCGGAUACGGGAGCGAUUGGAGGAGGAUUCAUCUCGUCACUCUCAUCACGACACUGACGAGAAUGAAAACGACGAAAAGGACACUUGGCUAAAAACCGAACUAGCAAACAACCUCGAAGCAACAAAAACAAUAACACUCUGCGCCCGCCACCAAAAAAAAAUCGCAGACGACGUUCUCAACGUCUCCAAAUUAGGUUUUGACCUCCUCGUAUUAACCAACACCCGUUUCGACCCCCACAUGGAACUCGUAAACGAAAUGAAAACCAAAAACAUUCAAUGGGAGAUUCAUAUCAAAAACACUCUGGAAAACGUUACGGGAGAUCCAAUGCGUAUCUCCCAAGUUCUCAUGAACCUAAUCUCCAACGCCCUCGUUUCUCUCGAAACCGCCCACACAAAACACAUUACCGUCACCAUCGACACAUCCAACCUCGAUAAUACACUCUACCUAAUCUACAAACUCGUCGAAACAACACCAACACGAAACCACCUUACGCUCCCAACAACCCAUAAAACCUACACAGACUACAAUUCCCCAAAUCUAAGUCUAUUCGUCUCGAAACGUAUCGUGGAACUCAUGGGUGGGACCAUGACGGUGCUUUCCAACCCCUCCAAUACAGAAUGGACAUUUACAGUUCUCGUCCGACAAUGUACACCAUCAACAACAACAACAACAACAAAACCACCACGACUCGAUACUAGCAAAAACGUUUACAAAAUCCUUAUAGUAGAAGAUAACCUCGUGAACCAAAAAGUCCUAAAACGCCAUCUAGAUCGUCAAGGCCAUACAUCCCAUAUCGCCAAUAACGGCCAAGAAGCCCUCGACAUGCUCCGGCAAACCACAUACGAUAUCAUUCUCAUGGAUCUCGAAAUGCCUAUUUUGGAUGGACUAGGUGCUGCCGAACGGAUUCGGGCUUGGGAAAAGGAGGGGGUCCUUGUUGGGAGGGUACCCAUUGUUGCUGUUACUGGGAAUGCCAGAGGAGCGUAUUUGGAACGAGCUAUGCAGGUUGGUAUGGAUGAGUGGGUUGUGAAGCCGUAUGAUAAGGAGGAGCUUUUUGAAAAGAUUCAGGUGUUGUGUGCGGGCAAGACCUAAGCGUCAGAGUUCAAAAGAAGAGUUUUUGGAAAAAGCGGUUUUUUUUAUUGAGGUCCGAGCUAGGUGGUUUGUUUAUAACGGCUUUUGUUUAUCUAGUGUUUGAUUUAUAGCGUUGGAGUAAAAUAUUGGAUAGAAAAAAAGAACCUGACACCAGAACGUAUAUAUCAAAUAGGUAGUGAAUAUAAACAUACACAUAGCAAUACUUGAGAAAUCCACAAAGGUG